AUGUUAGAGUCUGAAAAAUUAGAAUGGAUUCGAAAAAAUCAACCAAAACUCAGGGCGUCAAAGUACAACAGUCUUAAUGAUGAAGGUGAUCAAAGUCAAACACCAGGAUCAACCAUAGGGAAAAGAGUGGUUUUGCCAUCUUCCUAUGUUGGCGUUCGUAGGUUUAUGGAUCAAUUGUACUAUGAUGGCAUGACUAUUUGUAGUAAAAUGGGAUUUCCUGAUUUAUUUAUAACUUUUACUUGCAACCUAAAUUGGCCUGCGAUACAAAGAGUAUUGACAUCUCUUCAUUUGAAAGCACAAGAUAGACCAGAUGUUUUUUCAAGGAUAUUCAAAAUCAUGUUUGAUCAAUUACUUUCAGAUUUAACAAAGAAUUGUGUGUUAGGCAAAUAUCCAACACCUGAAGAUAUUGACAAAAUCAUUAGUGUUGAAGUGCCUGAUCCUUUGAAAGACCCAAAGUUGUACAAUUUAGUUAAAAUUCACAUGGUUCAUAGUCCUUGUGGUUUGGAAAAUCGGAAUUCACCUUACAUGAAAGACAUGAAAUGCUCCAAGUAUUACCCAAAAAAAAUCCAAUCUUCAACAAUUGUGGAUCAAGAUGGCUAUCCAGUGUAUAGGAGAAGAGACAAUGGACACACAAUUGAGAAAAAUGGAACCAUCCUUAACAAUGGUCAUGGGUUCCUCGCAAUCCAAGUUUAUUGUUGA